AUGCCACCACUCAGCACCGCCCGCAACAUCUUACGCAGGACCGGGUAUGCCGAUGUUCUAGUGAAGAUGAUACGAAAGACCUAUGGAGAAUGCCCAGAAUCCUCGGCGCAGGGCCAGCCGCUUGCAAGCUUCGAUGUUCCCGAUCCAACUGCACACCCCAUCGCCAUCGCCCGUAAUCUUCUGCUGAUUGCGCUCAGCUUGCAGAUCCGCGAAGAAGUAACCCCUUCCAGUUCGGAGAGCCAGUCGAGCAGGGAGUCCUCACAUCGCUACUUCAGUGCUGCUACUCACUAUGUUACUUCGAAGGAUCAGCUUGUUACGUCUCCGGUGGGGCUCGAGACGCUCAUGCUCGAGGGACUUUACCAGCUAAGCGCGGGAAACCUUAAACUUGGAUGGCUCACAUUUUGCCGGGCAAUAGAAUGUGCCGAUUUGGAUGGGAAUCCGGCUGAGGCUUGCAUGGUAUCGACAUCUUCAUUUCUCUGGUUCCGUCUCAACUACAGCGACCGCAUUCUCUCCCUUAUUAUGGGGCUCCCCUUCGCUACUCUUGGUGAUGGCUUUGCCUCUCCUGAAGUCUUGGCGGCAGAUGUACCUGUUGGAAGGGUGGAGCGAAUGCAUACCGUUGUCAUGGGACAUAUCAUCGCAAGGAAUCAACGUAUUGCCCGUGCGGAAAACACACAACACGCCUUGAGGACCGAAGCAAAAGAGACUCGGCGUAUAGACGAAGAACUCUUUCAGGUUUCCACGCAGUUUCCCCGGAAGUGGUGGCUCUCACCACAUCUCGAGAACCUUAUGCCCGAGGCUGGAGACUCAAUGCACGAGAUGUUAAGGCUCUUGGCACAGGUGAAUCAGGCCCACUUGUUGCUGGCCCUUCACCUACCGCACGCCAUACAUGCAUUUUCAGCAGUGCCCCAGCCCCAGCCUGACUGCAGUUACAGCACCAUUCAAGCCAGCCGGGAUCUGUUAGCUCGGUUCGUUCUCUACCGAAAGUCCCACCGAAUGCCGGUUUGCUGUCGUGUCAUUGGCUUCAAGGCCUUUACUGCUUCGGCGAGUCUGUUGUUAGCCCAUAUUGACGGUCAUCACCUCGGUCAUGGAAAUACACUCAGGCACCAUCGACAGGAAGAUUUGGGGGUUAUUGAAAUGGCGGUUGACAAUAUCAAGGACCUCGCGAAGCUGUUACCGAUGUAUCAAGGCAAGGCUGAGGUACGGAUCCUCGAGGCCUUAAUAGGCAUUGAAGCUCGGCUGAAGAUCGACAGUCGAGGGUUCAGUGGUGAAUGCUCCGUGCUGGGCCAAGGACAACCGUUCGAGUUUGGCACGCCAUUUUUGGGGAGGGUCAGGAUCCAUAGCUUGGCGACGGCCGAACCUGCGGACAUGACAGAUUUGGAAUUAUCGACCGGGGCUUUUGAAAUUAUGCCAAGCACUAUGAGCCGCGACGCAAUCGGGGGGUGGCUACCGCAAAAGCUGUUGCCUCUCGGGUAUCUUAGUCUAUCUAUCUCAGGAAGUCUUUCGGCGGUGGAAACUGUGAGCACGAAUUGCUAG